UCUUAACCUCAUAUCCCAAACACUAUCUCGGGAAUUAACCGAGGGCUUUACGAGUGUGCAGAGCACGGGAGGAAGAAUUUUUGCAGGCACUUAGUCUUUACGUGCAGGAGGAUAAUAAUCAUGGAACGUCCAUCAAUUGUCAAGGUUGCGUUAAUGAUGAUGAUGACAGUAGCUCUCAGCGGAGCUGUGCCGACCAUCCUAACCGGCGAAGAAGAUCACGCUAAAGCUCAGGAUUACCUUUCUCAAUAUUUCUCUGAAGUGGGCGUCACCACUGGUAGCGAACAAUGGCGCAGCGGUCUUGAUUCCUUCACGGACACUCUCAAAAUGAUGCAAGAGUUUUUUGGCCUGGAGGUGACAGGUCAAUUGGACAGCGACACAAUGGAAGUGAUGUUACAACCUCGCUGCGGUUUCACAGACUUACCGACAUUCAAAUAUGCCCACUUUGAUGGGCAACCCAAGUGGGACAAGAAUGUGGUCACAUACAGGAUCACUGAAUAUACACCGGACUUGAGUCAAAGUUUCGUGGAUGCCACACUUGCCAAGGCCCUGCAGAUCUACAGUGACGUUGUUCCUUUGGAUUUCAAGCAGAUUCAAACAGGCACUGCGGACAUAAUGAUCAAGUUCAAGGCUCACGAUCAUGGAGAUUUUGCACCCUUUGAUGGGGAGGGUGGAGUCUUGGCUCAUGCCUUUUCCCCUGGUGGAGGCAGAGGAGGUGACACUCAUUUUGAUGAAGAUGAAACCUGGACUCUUAGUUCAUCAGGAGUCAACCUGUUCUUAGUGGCGGCCCAUGAGUUUGGACAUGCACUCGGGUUAUCCCACUCUAAGGUUCAAACCGCCUUGAUGUUCCCCACCUACCGGUACAUUAACACAGAAGGCUAUGUGCUACCAGAAGAUGACCGCCAAGGAGUGCAGGCACUAUAUGGAGUCAGAUCAUCAACUAAACCAACAAUGAAGCCUGCACCAAAACCACAGCCAGAACCUGAACCAGAGCCUGAACCACAGCCUGAACCAGAACCUGAACCCACGCAAGAACCAGAUCCCGGACCUGCGCAAGAACCAGACAGGUGUAGCCGCAAUCUCAUGUUUGAUGCUGCAACCUCCAUACAGCGCCAUCUUUAUUUUUUCAAAGGCAGCCAUUUUUGGAAGAGAAGCAGCAACUGGGAUGGUGUCAGCACAAGGACAAUUAAUUCUGUCUGGUCUGGCAUCAACAAAGUCGAUGCCGCUUAUGAGUAUGGGCCACGCGGCGCAGUUUUUUUAAUUGAAGGGGACCACUACUGGCAAGUCAAAAGAAACACCGUCUUACCGGGCUUUCCCAAACCUCUCAGCGACUUUGGCUUGCCUUCAUCUGUCACCAAAGUAGAUGCCGCCGUCCACAUUCCAUUUGUGGGAAGAACUCUCUUUUUUGUAAACAACAAAUACUGGAGCUAUAACGAACGGAGAGGCAGAAUGGAUCGCCGGAACCCCAGAUUGAUUCGCACAGAGCUCCCCGGGAUUGGCUACAGAGUUGAUGCUGCUUUUGAGUAUAGAGGAUACCUGUUCUUCUCGUAUGGAUCCAGGCAGACACAAUACAAUUAUUUGAGAAGAAGAGCGGUUCGCACGCUGAUGAGCAGUGAUUGGAUGGAUUGUGACUGAACAGUCACCCAAGUCUCCCAUCUAUGAGCAUUGAAUUCCAGUAUUUUUCGAUGGUUCAUGCCACUUCUAGUAUCGCUUAUAGGGGAUUUAGCUUCUUAGAAAAGUAUAAUCUCAUGAGUUGAUUAGUUAUCAACGUUGGCAAAAAUAAUGCUAUGUAAUGGUAGAACCGGUGUUAUGUCAUGUUCAAUAAAGCUUUGGGAGUAAGUGACAAGAUAUAUUUGAUCAAAUUAUUUUUCUUUCACAACGCAAAAUACAUCUUUAAAUAUAUAUUUCACUGUCAUGGAUUCUUUACCUCAACAUUGCCACAUGAGGAAAAGCAAA